AUUUCUUUCCCAACAGGUGCUGUGCAUAGCGUGGGCCCAUCAGAGUAAUUAUAUUGGUACAGUUACAGAGAUCUCAGCUACUGCAGUUCUGAAAAUGGCCUUGUACAAGGCGAAGUUACUCCCCCCAGAGCCUGCUCACAUCACCCAGUGCUUCACUGGUGCUGACUCGAGAAUGACGGGUGAGAAGGUCCCGGAGAACGGUACAGUUUGCCCGAAAAUCAACAGACUGAAACGACCAAAGGGAUCUGCACCUCCCAGUGGUUCCUUUAGGAACGAAAUUCCUUCAGCUGUGCCCAAGAAGACUGAAUCCUCUGGUUCUUCUGACAGCCUCGGCUGUGAGGAAGCCGGUUCGGAAUUUGUUGCUGACGAUAGAAAGUGCUCAUCCACCAGGACCAACAAGAGCAGCAUGAGCAUUCUACACAAAUCUAGCAGUUCAAACCGUUCUCCAAAGCUUGAUGUGUUACUCUUGAGGAAACCUCUAAAACAAAGUAAACUUGAAAUGAGUGCCGUGAAAGUCCACUGUCCUCGUCUACAGCUGUCUGUCCUCAAAAGCACAAAUGGUGCCCAGUGUUUGCAUAUCAGUGACUCAGCUCCAGAUAUAAUUGAUCUUUGUGGAGAUGAGGGCUCAUGUGAACAUGGCUCUGAGCAGGUUACCAUGGUUACCUCUGUUAACGGACAGGGACGAUAUGGGAGAUGUGACCCUCCAAAAGCCACAAUGAAAGAUGUGACGAGGACAAUAUCACCAUGUGCCUCAGAGAACCACAUGGAAAGGUCGGGGAGGAGAGCAGAAUUUUCCAAGCAGAUCCGCGAGGAUUUGUUGGUGCAGAUCCAGGCUCAGAACCGCCACUUCCCAGCACGGACAACUGAAAACACAGAUGGCCCCAGUACUCCAGGCUGUCCAGUCCCUGGGAAGAGGAAACAGGAAGUGGAGGGUCACAGCGAAGGCGGGCUCCCCAAACGACGGCAUCUGCAGCGAGAUUUCAGCAGCGACGCCCUGUCCACCGACGCAUCAGUAAAUUCCGACAGCCCUAGCAGGAGCAGGCUGAGCGUGAGCAGGAGGAAGAAGCAGGCUCGUGCAGCUUUCGACGCCUGUGAGCCGCCACCGCCGAUCUCUAAGAGGUGGGACGACGAGGUGCUCUGGACGGAGAAGUACCAGCCCCUCCGCUCCAGGGAGGUCAUGGGCAACACGGCCUCUGUGAGGAAGCUCCAUGGCUGGUUGAAGGAAUGGAAGAUCAGAGCAGAUGUGGAGGGGAGGAAGAAAACACAAGAGGAUCGCAGGAUGAAGGCAGAGAGCAGUGGCUUGUGGGACUGUGGCGAUUUCGAGGGAGAGCAGGGCUCAGUGGAGAAGAGCCAGGAGCUCUGUAGCACCACGCUGAUCCAGGGCCCCACCGGCGUGGGCAAAACGGCGGCCGUGUAUGCCUGCGCACGGGAGCUGGGCUUCCAGGUGUUUGAGGUGAACAGCUCAUCCCUGCGAAGUGGCCAGAUUAUUCUCUCUCAGUUGACAGAAGCCACACAGUCUCACCAGGUGGGGGAGCCGCGGUGCCCCACGCUACCACCUCCCUUCUGUGAUGGCCACAAAGCCAUUACUGUCCGACUGCCUGCAACUGCCCGACAGGACACCUCCAGAAAAAUGAUGGCCUUCUCUGCAAAACCCUGUGGAAGCUCCCGGAUGGUUUCCAGAGCAAGACAUGUCAUCUCGCCGCGUGUGACUCUUGCCCGUUCCUUUAAGCAAAGCACUGAACACCCUCAAAACGCACAAGGACCGGGUGCUCUUACUCUAUCUACUGCUGAAAGUUCAGACGCUACAGAACUAGGGUUGCUCUCUGAAGACCCAGUGUGGAACAGAGAGAAAACAAGACCUCCCCUGUCCCUCAUACUGUUCGAGGAGGUUGAUCUCAUCUUUGACACUGACGUUGGAUUUCUCACGGCCAUAAAAACACUAAUGUUGACCACCAAGAGACCUGUUAUACUGACCACCAGUGACCCUUUGUUCAGUCAGACCUUUAAUGGCCGUUUUGUGGAGCUCUCUUUUAAAAGUCCUCCCAUAGAGAGCAUUGGAAGCUACCUGCAGUGCCUGUGCGUGGUGGAGAAUGUGCAGCCAGACCCGGAGUACAUCAGCUUCCUGCUGGCUGAGAAUAAAGGUGACAUCAGGCGGAGUAUCUUGGCGCUAGAACUCUGGGCACGCAGCGGAGGAGGCAGCACAACCCCCCAGCUGUACAAGAGGGUGCUGUCGUGUAGCUCCUGGUUGGAGCUGGAGAGUGGGGGCUGUGUGGACGUGCUGGUGGACAGAUGGCGAACGGGACGGAGCCUGUUCAGCUCAAACCUGCCGGUUCUUUUUGCUCCGCCCUCCAGGGCUUCUCCGUAUGCAGAUCAAAGCACAGCUGAGACAGGAGGACCCACGUUUCUGAAAAUGCUGGGAAGAAGUCCCACUUUGCCCAACUUGGAGAACAAUGAGCAAAGACCAAGAAAGCUUUCUAGACUAAAAAGGAAGAAACACCAGUCUACUGGAGAUGUCCACAAAUUCACACACAACCAGUGCUCAAAGCAUGCUGCCCUCUCAAGGGACAGAUUUGACCAAUUCCCAUCUCCAAAACGACACACUUGCCCAUCUGCUGGUGAGACAGGAGAGCUCAUCUUUGAAGAAAGUUUGUCCAAGCUGGUGUCUUGCCACCUAGACUCGCUGGCACGUUUUUUUGAAACAAUGUCUUUCCUGGACUCGUGCCUUUGCGGCCCACCGUCUCAUGCCGCAGGCCUUGGCGGGCCUGCUUCCCUGGGAUACGCGGGUGCCGAUGUGGCUGACAGCUCGCUGGACGAGCCGAGGGAGGAGGGGGUGAGCCCGCUCAACUUGGUGAGAUUGUACGAUCUACUGGCUGUGGUGGAGGGCCUGGGCUUCUUCCAGUGCAGAGCGGAGGUGUCCGAGAUGAGGAGGAGAGCGCUGAAACUAAAAAAGGGGAGGGGAGGGGAGACGUGGGGAACACGGCCGAUGGCGGCACUGACCACGCUGGGGUCACCUUGUGAAAGUGAUGACCGCUUUUGGCAGAAUGAGCCAUGUGAACCUAGUGUCAUCCAGAAGAGUAAAGAGGUCCUAAGCAAAGUGCUCUCCAGUAGAGCAUUCUGCUGUCAUGGUAACAAAAAAGCUGUUGCCAUGGACUACCUGCCUGCACUCCAUUCUAUAUGCAGACUGGAACGGGUGAAGCAACAGAACGAACCCAGAUUGUCCCAUUACUUCAGAGACAUCCGCCUGCCUCUGUCCAAGCGCACUGUGCACCUACUAGCUUCAGAUGUGUACCUACAGCCAUGACAGUGAUGUCCUUGCACCUCAUGGCUUCCUGGUAGAUCUGCAAAACCCUGAUUAAAGUUUACGCUGACCUGCACACUCAGUAAGACUGGCAAAAUAAUAUCUUAAUCUGUCUGCUUUACUUUUCUAGAUGAUGUUAUUUAUAUUGCUUUUGGAUAGCUGUGAAUAAACUCAGUUAUUAAAAAGU